CACCGCUCCGGGGACACGCCGGAGGAAGUUCCCUUUCCCUUUAAAUGCAAAUCCCAGCGCCGGGGCCGCGGGACGAGUGUCCGGCGGGCGCGGGGACGCGGCCGGGUCGGCUCCGCAGGCUGGGCCGGCGCCUGGCGCAGGGUCCCUGCCCCGCGGCUCCGGUGCCCCCAGCACCAUGGAGGAGCGGAGGAAGAAGCGCAGCCCCACUCCCUGCCUGGCUCAGCCGCUGCCCCCCAGCAGGAGCACGUCCUUCGCGCUGCCGAUGCCCACCCUGCCCUCGCCCCGGCAGCGCGCCCGGCUCAGGCGGACAAGCAAGGAGCGGGUGCGCGGCACGGCGGUGGCGCGGGGGGCCCCGCUGCAGCACAGCUUCCUCACCGACGUGUCCGACGUGUGCGAGAUGGAGGGCGGGCUGCUCAGCCUGCUCAGCGACUUCCACUCGGGAAAGCUGCAGGCCUUCGGGAAGGAGUGCUCCUUCCAGCAGCUGGAGCACGUGCGGGAGAUGCAGGAGAAGCUGGCGCGGCUCCACUUCAGCCUCGAUGGCUGCGUGGAGGAGCUCCCUGAGGAGCAGAAGAAGGCAACGGCUGACCGGAACCUGGACCAGCUGCUGGCACACCUGGAGGAGCUCAGCAGCUCCAUACAGAAGCUGCACCUGGCCGAGGGCUCCGACCCCGAGGACUCCGCGGCCUGACCCAGCGCCCGGCGCGGCCCCCUCAGACCCCGCGGCCACCACGCGGGGACCCCGCGCACCCCCCCCCGCCGCCGCCAUGUCGGUGCGGGCCUCAGUGCCGCGGCCGGGUGACGCCAUCAGCCGGCGCCGGGGAGCCGCGGCCAUGGCGGCGGCGGCGCUGGGGCCGCAGGCGGAGGCAGAGGGGUGGCGGCGGGUGCUGCGGGCCGUGACCCGCCUGCAGGCCUGUGUCAGGGGUUACCUGGUGCGGAAGCGGUUUCAGAGCCUGCGGGCAGCGUACGAGGAGGUGGUUUUGGAGAUCGAAGGAGACCUGAGCCAGCUGCAGUGGAGGGGCCGGCUCCUGCCGCGGCCCGUCUUCAUCCCCGAGGAGCCAGUGCAAGGGAAUUGUUCAAGUCCACAUGAGGCUGCACCAAGUGAGGAGGCCAGCACAGAAAAACCACAGGAGGAGCUGGAUGCCCCUGAGCCAGAACAGGACCAGGGCUGCAGCAGCAGGAAUCCUACAGCCCAGCUGCUGAGCGAGAAGGGGCUGAGCCCCACGGGUGCAGGAGAUGCAGUGACCCCCCUGAACCUCGAGGCUGAUGCUGAUGAACACCCUGAAAAGGAGUGCAGUGCCCCGGCUGAGAGCAAGGGCUGGCAGAACAACAGCAACAUGUCCUCUGACUUGGUGGCAGAGUCCCUUGAAGCCUGCCUGGAAAUUCCACUUGUGGACAUAAAGGAGCUUCCUCAGACUCGGUCUGGUCUCCAGUCCUACCGAAACCACUUGGUCAUGGAGCUGCUGUGGUUGGAACAAGCUAUUGUCAGCCGUAAAAACUUCUUGAUGUUGAAACAGAAGCUGGGAACUCCUGGAGGAGGGCAUUCCUGAGCAUAAGGGGCACUUGUAUUGGUGUGGAGAAGCUGUGGAGCUCCAGCACUGGUGUCGUGACGUGGCCUCAUGGACAGCAGCAGCUAUGGGGAGCUCCAGCUUUCUGGGUUGACGUUUUCCACUUAAGGUGAAUGCUGCAAGAAAGCCUUUUAUUUCUUUUAAAUGUGAAUAUUUGGUCAAAGCAGGGGUUGAACAUCACUGUGAAGGCAGGAGGUGGUUGUGUGUCCUGGAGGAGUCCCACUGAGACCUCCUUCUACAAGAACCCUGUUUCUGUUGGCUGAGCUGCAUGGUCCUAGGGGAAAAUCAAGGUUAGGAGGACUGUUGCUUAGAGAAGGCUCUUUCUGCCCAGCUCAUUGCUUGUGGCGGAACUAAAAUGCCUGAAGGCAGAAGGUGCUUUGAACCUACAGGAACAAACUCUUCUGUGCCAGCCUGUGUGUGAUCCAUACCAGUGUCUGAGCUGCGCAUUUGGGGUGGCUGCACAUCGCAGCUCUGCAGUAUCUGGGAUCUCCAAGUGCUCGUGGUAGGCUUCAGGAGGUUCCUACCUGUCCGUGCAGUUGGUGGGGAGCGAUGGCACAUCAAACCUGACCUUCAGGACAUGAGGCUUGGUUCCCAACUCGUGUAUCGAUGGCCAUUGUAGCAUCCCUCUGUGUGGCAGUGACCUGGAUUGGUGCUUGAGGGGGCAAGUAAGGACUUGUGGGGUUCGGAGCUUUGUUAUAUGUUCCUCUAGUCCAGGAGCACUCAGGGUCCCUCAGAAAGGGACUUUGCACGUGGUGCUGUGGUUCUUUACUAUGACCCCACGUCUUCUGUGGAAACACUCUGCGUUCCUGCUGCCUGAGCAGUCACUCUUGCCCUGUGCUGGUUGAAUCCUUCUGGUCCUGAAUGAAGCCGACUUGUUUGUGAAUAAAAAGUUUUCCUGAU